AUGUUGUCCCCAUCGGAUUCCCCAGAGAUGCCUGAAUUCAAGGCUACAUUCAUUAUUCACCUGGAUACAUACACCAAGACUACUACUGAAAGCAAUGGCAAAGCAAAAGCCAAGGAAGUGAAAUCUACCAAAGUCAAGGAGCUUGUCUUUCAAAUCUCCAAGCACAACUACAUCAAAUUUUUGACUACAAUUCUCGCAAAACACGACAAAUCACACCAUAGGGUUACUGAGAGGAAGAAAUAUAGUUUUAAGUACUACCUUGGCAAUUCUCGGGGGCAAGUGAUCUUUGUCCGUGCUGAAGCCAUGGAUGUCGACAACGAAGCAGAUUAUGCGGAAAUGGCAAAGAAGCUCAUCUCCAAGGAACCUCGAAAGGUAAAAGUAUUCAUCGACAUGAAAAAUGUGGAGAAACUUCCAACAACAGGUGAUACUGCAAGCCAAGACAGUGGAGCAUCAGAUGAUGAUGAGAUUGCAGUCACUGACAAUGCUACUGAGCUCGACCAUGAAAUUGCUCGUUUUUGCAGGCUUAUCAUCAAGAAAUGGGGUAACAAGUAUGACAAUUCUGUCACGUAUAUCCACCAAAGUGACAUGGAGAUCCCAUGUACACCAGCAAUGAUCAAGGACUGGGCUCAUGGAAUGUACGACGGAGAGGCUACCACCAUGGUACCACCCAAUAUUCCAUCAUUUGACCCUAUGAAGCGUGAGGCUCCUUUGCACCCUAUGUGUUGUUCCAUGGCUGCUGCUGCGACACCUACAGCUACAUCAGUCAGCACAACUGACAUCAGUUCACUCACAUCUAUGCUCUUGUUGCGAACUGUACAAGAUCUCACACAUGAGGCUACUCCUUUGACACCACUUCUGGUCCGAACUGCAACUUCACUCCCCAUCACAUCACCUGUUGCUCCAACACCCUCAACACUCACUUGUUUUUUGAAGUAUGCUGAGGAUCACCUUGGUGUUGCAUUUGCCUCCACAUAUGAACCCUCCCUGCAUGGUAUUGGUGCAGGUCCAGAUAUACUCACAGACAUGGCUGACCAAGAUCUCGCUUGA